GCGACUGAAAUUGAUAUUUGCUCACGGGCUCACCAUCAUCAGAAAAGCAAACAGCAAAUUUGUUUUGAAAAAGCACGUGCUGAAAGCGAAUCUUGCCGAAACUUUCAGUUUUUGUCCAUAAAUUUGAAAGUUAUUUCUUAAAGAUGGGUAAAAUUAAAGUGGAAAAACCAGACACCGACUUGGAUACCACCGUGGUUAAGGAGGAGGACACAUACGACGAGAAAUUGCGGAAUGUAAAUGCGAUCUCCCAGCCGAUGGCAUCCAAAAAGCUGACCAAAAAACUGCACAAGCUGAUUGAGAAAGCGGCCAAGCACAAAACUUAUCUUCGCAACGGAUUGAAGGAUGUUCAAGUUCGUCUCCGCAAGGGAGAAUCCGGCUUGGUAGUUUUUGCUGGAGAUGUGACUCCGGUGGAAAUUAUGUGUCAUUUGCCGGCCGUCUGUGAGGAACGGAAUAUUCCUUAUUGCUACACCCCCAGUCGGAAGGAUCUGGGCGCUGCCAUGGGAGUCAAGCGGGGGACGGUGGCGAUGUUGAUCCGGGAGCAUCCCGACUAUCAGGAGAUGUACGAUAAACUGAAGGUGGAGCUGUCGACACUUCCUAUUCCUUCGUAGGAACACAGGCGGCAUAGUUGGUAAGGACAUAGAGUUUAUAUUACUAUUUGGGUAUACCAAUAUUCAGAUUUUCCGGAAGGUAUGUUGAUACUCAAUGUACUGAAGGGAUUUUUUUUUUCUUUUUUAAGUUUUUUUAACAAAAAAGAUGAAUUCAAUACAUACGCCUAGAAUUACGGAAAAUUCAGUAAUCUAAA